CGCCGCGCACUUGCGCAAAAUGCGAACCGGAAGGGAAGGUUCUUCCCCCGGGCGUUUUGGCGUCCCAAUGCCGGGCAGAACUUCGGGGAACUGGAGCCUCCCGUAGCGAUGGAGAAAAGAGCGAGCUGCCCCAGGGCAAACAUGGAGUCGACAGAGUUGGAUUUCAUCAAGAUUAGUGGCUUUGCAAGAUGAUGAUUCAUGGUGAUGGCUUGCAAGGUCAUAAACAAAAGAAGGCACAUGGGACUUCAACAGCUUUCAUCGUUUGCAGAAACAGGAAGAACUUUCCUAGGCCCAGUAAAAUCAUCCAAAUUUAUUAUAGAUGAAGAGUGUCAUGAAAGUGUGUUAAUCAGUUCAACAGUAAGGCUUCUUGAAAGUUUGGAUUUAACCAGUGCAGUGGGACAACUUCUCAGUGAAGCAGUUCAAGCACAAAAUAACACAUACAGAACUGGAACCAGUACUCUUUUGUUUCUUGUUGGUGCAUGGAGCAGUGCUGCUGAAGAAUGUCUUCAUUUGGGUGUCCCCAUUUCAUUAAUAGUGUCUGUAAUGUCAGAAGGCUUGAAUUCAUGCAUUGAAGAGGUAGUUUCCCUUCAAGUACCUGUCCACAAUGUAUUUGACCAUAUGGUUAACACAAAGACAUUUUCUGGACCUGAAACAUUUAGUGUCAGCGUAUACCCUUUUCUCCAAAUCCCUUCAGGUACUGGUUUGAUACAGAAAGAGCAUGAUCUCAAAGAUGUUGCCUCUCAGUCAUUGGCCAUUUACAGUCUUUCUGGGAGACCUGUUAAAUCACCUCAACUCUUUAGGUCUCAGGCUAAGGUUGAAGCAGAUGAAAACACAUCACAAGCUCCUCAGACUCUGAAAAACAGUCUGCUUGCAGACACCCGCUGCAGAAAGUCAGUACUAACCCACAGUAGACAUUUUAGUAGGACAGGUAAUAAUCAAUGGAUAAGCAAACCAGAUGGAGUUCCAGAACAACUUAGUGCAGCUACUUCCAAGACUUAUAGAUGUGAUGAUCUGGUAGAGUUGGAGGUGGGUUUGAGUCACGGAGGUCACAGCAGCAUGAAGUUAGUAGAUGAAGCAGUACGGCUACAAUAUCAGAACGCAGGUAUGCAACAAGGCAGCUGUACAAUGCCAUUUCUUUUCGACAUUUCAAGAAUCUUCACUUGCUGCUUACCGGGUUUACCUGAAACUUUUUCUUGUGUCUGUCCAGGAUAUAUCACUGUUGUAUCAAUAUCUAGUACUACUCUGAUCAAGGAACUGCAGAAUCAGCCUAUUCGGGUAGUUCUUGUUGAAGGGGAUCUCACAGAGAAUUAUCGCCACCUGGGAUUUAAUAAGUCUGCAAGUAUUAAAACAGUAUCAGAAAGCUUGAAGGUUCAACAGGGUGGCUCAGAAGAACUGUGGACAGAUCGUGUGUUACAGGUAUUAAUCAAGUUCAACGUGAACCUUGUCCUGGCACAAGGAAAUGUGUCUGAACGCUUAAUUGAAAAAUGCACAGACAGCAAGAGGUUGGUAAUUGGAUCAGUGAAUGGCAACGUAAUGCAGGCUUUUGCAGAGGCUUCAGGAGCAGUGCAGGUGGCCUACAUGACACAGGUGAAUGAGAACUGUGUAGGCACUGGGGUCUGUGUGACCAUCUGGAGAAGCGCUCCCUUCGAUGCUGUACGUCGGACCAACAGAAUGGCAGUCAUGUUAAAAACGGAAGGAAUUAAUUUGGUUACAGUAGUGCUGACUAGUCCAGUCACUGCCCAGGUGCAAACCAAAGAAGAUACCUUCUGGACUUGUGCCUAUCGUCUGUAUCAUGCUCUGAAAGAGCAAAAGGUCUUCCUUGGAGGUGGCGCCGUUGAAUUUUUGUGUCUUAGCCAUCUUCAGAUUCUUGCGGAGCAGUCUGUGAGUAAAGGAAACCAAGGCUGUUCAGGAUGGCUUCAUAAUACUUCCUCUUGGCUGGCCUCGUCUGUGACACAGUACAGACCGACUGUGCUUAAAUGCCUGGCAAAUGGAUGGCACAGAUACCUUUCAACUCUCCUGUAUAACACUGCCACUUACUCAUCAGAACUUGAAGCCGGCACGUUCAUUCAACAUCAUCUACAAAAUGCUACAGACUCUGGCUCUCCUUCAUCUUACGUCUUGAAGGAAUAUAGUAAACUAAAUAGUGGGAUUUUAAAUUCAGACACUUCAGAUAAACUGGAACAGAUUCCAAGAGUUUAUGACAUUGUUACACCAAAGAUUGAGGCAUGGCGCCGAGCUUUGGAUUUAGUACUGUUAGUUCUUCAGACAGACAGUGAAAUUAUCACUGGACUUGAACAAACGCAGAUAAAUUCGCAGGAAUCAGAGGGCUUUUUAUUUUUGUAGUGUUAUUGGCUAUGUCUUUGGAAAAUAAUCUUUGGUAAUAUGUCGUGCUAAUAAUAAAUUUUCUAGUAGCCAAGUCACAGUUUCUAAAAUGCCAGCUUUUACCAAGAGAAAAUAAUUGAUGUGUGUCAAUAACUGUACAGAGUCGGAGAUUUCACCCUACUUACAAUUUUGUUUUCUGUUUCUAUAUUUUUAUUCUAUUCUGUAGCUGGACAUGUCUCUUUUUUUUGAACAUUUUAUUGGAGUAUAAUUGCUUUACAUUGUUGUGUUAGUUUCUGCUGUAUAAGAAAGUGAAUCAGUUAUAGGUAUACAUAUGUCCCCAUAUCUCCUCCCACUUGCAUCUCCCUCCCAGCCUCUCUAUCCCACCCCUUUAGGUGGUCACAGAGCACCAAGCUGAUCUCCCUGUGCUAUGCGGCUGUUUCCCACUAGCUAUCUCUUUUACAUUUUGUAGUGUAUGUAUGCCAGUGCUACUCUCUCACUUCGUCCCAGCUUACCCUUCCCCCUCCCCGUGUCCUCAAGUCCAUUCUCUACCUUUGUGUCUUUAUUCCUGUCCUGCCCCU